ACACAGGCCUUCUCCAGUUCUCUUUCUGGUACUCUUGCCACCCAGGCCUCUUUAAGAGGUGUUGGUGUUGGAAACCAAGAGGCAACAGUUGCUGCUGCAACAAUUACCUGGUUAUUACGAGAUGGCACAGGCAUGCUGGGAAGAAUCCUAUUUGCCUGGCUUAAAGGGAAUAAACUGGACUCUGAGGCCAAAAAAUGGAGGCUUGUUGCUGAUGUUCUCAAUGAUAUCGCCAUGUUCAUGGAAAUACUGGCUCCUAACUUCCCAACAUGCUUCACUCUACUGUGCUCUGCUGGAAUAUUCAAGUCCAUUGUCGGGGUUGCAUUUGGGGCCACCAGAGCUGCUUUGACUCUUCACCAUGCCCGCAGAGACAACAUGGCGGACAUCUCUGCCAAAGAUGGCAGCCAGGAGACUUUAGUGAAUCUGGCUGGACUGCUGGUCAGUCUGAUCCUUAUUCCUCUUGUCACUGACAAUCCACUGCUGACGUUCGUCCUCUUCUUCCUUUUCACCAUCCUCCACCUUUUUUCAAAUUACAAAGCAGUGCGUUCGGUUGUCAUGGAGACACUCAACGAAGCUCGGCUUGCUAUUGUGCUCCACCAAUACCUGAGAGAUGGACGGGUCCUCGGUCCAGUAGAGGCCAAUCAUAAAGAGCCUGUUUUUUUUGAGUUCAGGAGGACAGUGCCAAUCAAACUGGGAGUGAGGCUAGGGGAACUUGUUAAUACGUCAUAAGACCUUAAUUUGGCCAUGAAAAACAACCACAAGCCCUUCCUUAUCGGAGUCAAACGUGGCUCUGUGUGUGUUUGUUUGGGACCAGAUGCAUCUGUAUGUGAUGAGAUCAGGGCUGUGUGCCGAGCAGUGUGCCUCUGCACUGUGUUACACCCCGUCUCGCCACUAGAGGGGGCUCUCAAACAACUCUCAAUGUCACACAGCAACAAUCAUUGGGAGCUGGUGCAUGAGAGUCAUAAACUUAUGGACCAAAUUUUUCAGCCAUUCCUCAAAGCUCUGGAGGUAGCUGGAUGGCAGACCAGUCGAACCCUACUGGACUGGAAUGAAUGGAGGGUGGAGUGGAAGAAGAAGGGCAGUUAAAGGAGUGGCAGGGUCUCUGGAGAGCAACAACUGCAAGGCAAUAGGCUGAGCUCUCUGUCAAACAUUCAUUGUGAGAUGCUCAAAGAUUAAUAUGCUCAGAUUCAUUUAAAGGUUUUUGUCCUUUUUUGGUACAUUUUAUACAACUUCAGAAUAAACUUGACUUUAACUUUAA